AUGCAACCAGGGAACCAAACAGCCAUUAAAGAGUUCAUCCUCCUGGGACUUUCAGGAGAUAGGCACCUGCAGCCCCUCCUGUUUGGGCUGUUCCUGUCCAUGUAUGUGGUCUGCGUUACAGGGAACCUGCUCAUCGUCCUGGCCAUCAGCUCUGAUGCCCACCUCCACACUCCCAUGUACUUCUUCCUCUCCAACUUGUCCUUUGUUGAUGUCUGUUUCACCUCUACCACGGUGCCCAAGAUGUUAGUGAACACCCAGAUGCGGAGCAAAGCCAUCACGUAUGCAGGCUGCCUUACCCAGAUGUAUUUUUUCAUGAUUUUCUCUUCCCUGGAUAGUAUGCUGCUGACGGUGAUGGCCUAUGACCGCUUUGUGGCCAUCUGUCACCCACUGAGCUAUACAGUUAUCAUGAACCCUCGUCUCUGUGGCCUCCUGCUACUGCUUUCUUGGUUCAUCUGCCUGGCCCAUUCUUCACUACAGAGUUUGAUGAUACUGAGGGUAUCCUUCUGCAAGGAAACAGAAAUCCCGCACUUCUUCUGUGAACUUGCUCAGAUUCUCAGGCUGGCCUGCUCUGACACCUUUGCCAACAACAUUGUGCUGCGUUGUAUAACUGGCCUGUUAGGUGUUAUUCCCCUGACUGGGAUCCUUUUUUCUUAUUCUAGAAUUAUCUCUACCAUAAUGGGCAUUUCGACUGAUAGAGGGAAGUACAAGGCCUUUUCCACUUGUGGGUCUCACCUCUCAGUGGUCUCCUUGUUCUAUGGUGCAGGACUUGGGGUUUACCUCACUUCUGGAACAGUGCAUCCCUCCAGAAGGGGCUCAAUAGCCUCCGUGAUGUACACUGUGGUCAGCCCCACGCUGAACCCCUUCAUCUACAGCUUGAGGAACAAGGACAUGAAGGGGGCUCUGAGGAAGCUUCUUCAAAGAAGCUCCUCGCUUCGCUAA